AUGGCAUUUACAUUGUGGAAUUUAUUCGAGGCUUCAAUAUUAGUACUAAAUGCAGUUUGUAUUUUACACGAAGAGAGAUUUUUAGCCAAAAUUGGAUGGGGAAUCGAUAGACAAAAUAUGCAGGGUUUUGGAGAGGAACCUUCGAUUAAACAUCAAAUAUUAAAUUUAAUUCGUUCAAUAAGGACUGUGGCCAGAUGUAUGUAUUAA